AUGGAGACUGAAGCAGGCGGAGAUAAACUGAAGGAGGCCACUAUUCCCGGCCGCGGCAAGAAGAGGCCGCCGUCCCCGGCAUCUUCGCCGAGCGACGACGGGGAGGACUCGUCGAUGUCCAGCAGCGACGACGACUGCUGGGAGUUCAGCGACGAGGAGCAGGAGGAAGAAGAAGAAGAAAACGACGAGGAGGACGAUCAAGAUCUACUUAAAUGA